CGGACCGUCAGUCGAUCCAGCGUUAGCGGACAGUGAAGGUUACCUGCUUCAACAGUGCUUGAACGGCAACCUUUCAACUGUCUUCGGAAACCGAUAAUCUCUUUGAUCGCUCUUAAUACCAUCUAUAACAGUCAAAUUAAUAAUUAAUCACCUUAAAACAUCAGCCAGCUUAAGUUAUCCCGACGACGUUUAGCCAGUUCGCUAGCUAACAGUUUGUUUUGCUAACAACGAGCCACACGGACAGCUCGCGACCUCCUCACAAGAAAACCUGCCACUGAGACUUGAACCAUGAGUUCCCAAGUGAGACAGAACUUCCACCAGGACUGCGAGGCUGGCAUCAACAGGCAGAUCAACCUGGAGUUGUAUGCCUCAUACGUCUACCUGUCUAUGUCGUAUUACUUUGACCGGGAUGACCAGGCAUUGAACAACUUUGCCAAGUUUUUCCGCCAUCAGUCGCACGAGGAGCGCGAGCAUGCUGAGAAGCUGAUGAAAAUGCAGAACCAGAGGGGGGGAAGAAUCUUCCUGCAAGAUGUCAAGAAGCCAGAGAGGGAUGAGUGGGGCAGUGGAGUUGAGGCCCUUGAAUGUGCCCUGCAGCUUGAGAAGAGCGUGAACCAGUCACUGCUGGACCUGCACAAGCUCUGCUCCGAACACAAUGACCCACAUUUGUGUGAUUUCCUCGAGACACACUUCCUGGACGAGCAGGUGAAGUCCAUCAAAGAGCUGGCAGACUGGGUGACCAACCUGCGCCGCAUGGGAGCUCCUCAGAACGGCAUGGCAGAGUACCUGUUCGACAAACACACCCUGGGCAAAGAGAGCAGCUAAAUCUCUCCAUCACAUUUCCUAAAGCUUUCUAUAUAUGUAUAUUUGUAUCUUGCUUUCAAAUGUUUCCACAUAUGAAGCCAUCUGCAUGGUCCUGGCUAGUCAUUUAGACCUCCUAUAUUACUCAUGCUGUUAUUGCCAUUUGCUCCACAUUACAGUUACUCACUAACCCUGUUCCCUGACUUAUUGCAUUCAAAGUAUGUUGCACUUCUCUUUAUGCUGUCAGCUAUGCCUACAGUGUUACUGCAAAUUUGCUGUUAAAUGCCAGGAGCUGUUAAUCAAACAUAAUAAAACAAAACCCUCUGGAUUCUGA